AUGCCGGCAGCAAAGACUCAGACCCAUUUCAAGCCCAUCCAAAAGUUCAAACUCGACUAUGCUCCCAUCGACAUUGCCCAAUAUGAAUCAGAACGUACUGGAAUGCGUGUUGUCAUUGUCGAUCAAAAGGGUCCAAAGGUUUACGGUUACUUCACCUUAGCCACAGAAAUCCAUGAUGAUUCGGGUUCGCCGCAUACCCUUGAGCAUCUGUGUUUCAUGGGUUCGAAGAACUACCGUUACAAGGGUGUCCUGGAUAAACUCGCCACUCGUGCGUACUCCAACACUAAUGCUUGGACCGCCACUGAUCACACCGCCUACACUUUGGAGACUGCUGGUUGGGAAGGCUUCGCUCAGAUCCUUCCCGUCUAUCUCGAGCACGUGCUUGUUCCUACUCUUACCGACGCUGGAUGUUACACUGAAGUCUUCCACGUAGACGGUACUGGUCACGACGCCGGUGUUGUGUACUCUGAGAUGCAGGGCGUUCAGAACCAACAGGGCGAACUCAUGGAGUUGCAGGCCAGACGAUUGAUGUAUCCCGAAGGCGAUGGCUUCAGAUACGAGACUGGUGGUAUGAUGGAACAGCUCCGUGUUCUCACGGCUGACCGCAUUCGGGAGUUCCACCGCGAGAUGUAUCAGCCCAAGAAUCUGUGUCUCGUACUCAUUGGUGAGAUCGACCAACCCGAGCUCCUACAGAUCUUGGACGACUUCGAAGGCACAAUCAUGGAGGACAUCCCAUCGCCGGAAGCUCCCUUCCAGCGUCCCUGGGUCGAGUCGAAGCGCACACCUCCGCUUAAGAAGACUAUUGUAGACACUGUCAAAUUCCCUGAGGACGAUGAGUCGAUGGGUGAGGUCCUUGUGGGCUUCCUCGGCCCCGACUGCAAUGAUCACUUGCAGGCUUCAGCACUAGGCAUCAUGCUCAUCUACCUUUGUGGUUCCUCGGUCAGUGUUCUGGAGAACACUUUGGUUGAAAAGGAACAACUUUGCAGCAUGAUCUACUACUCCACUGACGUUCGACCUGAUAUCGCUUUCUGGUUCAACCUUAGUGCUGUUGAGACCGAGAAACUUGCCGAUGCCGAGAAGCGUCUUUUCGAGGUCCUCAAGGAGACUGCUUCCAAGAACCUCGACAUGGGCUACAUGAAAGACUGCCUCAGCCGUUACCGCAGACAAUUGAAGUUCAAAUGCGAGAGCACAGGAGAUUUCUUUGCAACUCCCAUCAUUGAGGACCACUUGUUUGGCAACAGAGAUGGUAAGGAUCUCCGUGAGCUUGAGACCCUGAAGGAUCUGGAUAUUCUCGAAGGAUGGUCAGACCAGCAAUGGAGAGACUAUCUCUCCAUGUGGUUCGCCGACGCACAUCACGUUUCCAUCCUUGGCGUUCCAUCCAAGGAAUUGUCCAAGAAGCUCAAGGUUGAUGAGAAGGCUAGAGUCAAGGCUCAGAAGGAAAGGCUCGGCGAGAAGGGUCUCAAGGAAUUGGCCGAGAAGUUGGACCAAGCUAAGGCUGAGAACGACAAGCCCAUUCCUGAUGAGGUCCUCUCGCAGUUCCCAGUACCCGGCACAUCUUCCAUUCACUUCAUUCCGACAACUACAGCCAGAGCAGGUAGAGCCAGACAGAUGGGUAAACUCGACAACGACAUUCAGCAGAUUGUCGACAAGGACGAUUCAGACAUUCCGCUGUUUAUCCACUUCGAGCAUAUCCCUUCCAACUUUGUUCGCACCAAGCUGAUCAUGUGCACUGGCUCGCUGCCUACUGAGCUCAAGCCUCUGCUCGCCGUUUACUUGUCGAACUUCUUCAUGACUCCAAUCGAACGCGAUGGAAAGAGAAUCGAAUUUGAGGACGUUGUCACUGAGCUGGAGAAGGAUACUGUUGACUACGACAUCACAUCAGGACCUGGCAAUGGCGAGCUUCUGCAGAUCACAUUCCAAGUCGAAGCUGAGAAGUACUCUGCCAUGAUUGACUGGCUUCGUACUACCCUCUUCAGUUCCAUCUUGGACAAGGAGAGACUGCAGACCGCUAUUACCAAGAUGCUCGCCGACAUUCCUGAUGAGAAGCGUAGUGGUAUGGACAUGGCUACUGCAGUGGAUUCAAUGAUCCACCUUACCAGAGACUCAAGCAGCCGCUCCAGAAACACUCUUGUCAAGUCCGUUUAUCUCAAGCGUCUGAAGAAGCAUUUGGCAAAGGACCCUGAGUCUGUCAUUUCUCGCCUGCAGACUUGCAUCGACACACUCCACAAGCCUUCAAACUUCAGAGUCUACGUCGCAGCAAACAUGCACAACCUUUCCAACCCCGUUUCAUCUUGGAAGGCUCUGCUCGCCAACCACGAUGACAACACUCCUCUUCAACCUCUUGACUCUCGCCGCUCCAAGCUCAGCGAGAUUUCCAAGAAACCUGGUAACACUGCUUACAUCAUUCCUCUGUCCACCAUCGAUUCUUCGUAUGCUCUCUUGACUUCUCGUGGUCCUGACAGCUGGUCUCAUCCUGACCUGCCCGCCUUGAUGGUCGCUCAGUCAUACCUCGAUGCCGUCGAGGGACCUCUAUGGGCUGCAGUCCGCGGUACCGGUCUCGCCUACGGUACCGGCUUCUCUCGCUCCACCGACGUCGGCCUCAUGACCCUCCGUAUCUACCGCUCCCCCGAUACCUUCAAGGCCUUCCUCGCCGCCAAGACCGAAGUCAGCAACUACGCCACCGGCGCCACUCCCUUUGACAAGUUCGCCCUGGAAGGUGCUGUUUCUUCCAUCAUCAUGGGCUUCGCAGACGAACAACCUACUAUGGGCAGUGCUGCCAAUUUGUCCUUCGUCAACCAAGUCAUCAGAGGCAUUCCCAAGAACUGGAAUGACGGUAUGCUUGAGAAGGUUAGAAAGGUUACAGAGGAUGAGAUCAAGGAUGUUCUGAAGAGAAUCAUCAUGCCCAUUUUCAACCCCAAGUCUACUAAUUUGGUCGUUUCUUGCGCUACUAUCAUGGAAGAGAAUCUUGUCAAGAACUUCACCGAUGCUGGAUUCAAGCCUGAAGUCAAGUCCCUGUCUGACUUUGAAGACGACUACGGUUUAGAGAACAUUGACGGCGAAGAUGAGGAUGACGAGGACGAUGACGAGGAAGACGGCAGUGAAGAUGGCGGCGAAGAUGGCAGCGAAGGAGGAAGUUCGUCGGGUCGGGGUGAAGAGUAG